AUGGUCGUCGAUACCGCAUACUACGACACUCUCGGUGUCCAGCCCACCGCCACAGACGUCGAGAUCAAGAAGGCUUACCGAAAGCUUGCCAUCGUUCACCACCCGGACAAGAACCCCAACGACCCCUCUGCCCACGAAAAGUUCCAAGAGAUUGGCGAAGCCUACCAAGUCCUCUCCGACAAGGACCUUCGAGCAGCCUACGACAAGUAUGGAAAGGAUAGCGCGAAGCCUUCUGAGGGCUUUGCCGACCCGGCCGAGUUCUUCAGCUCCAUCUUUGGCGGCGAUGCCUUCGUCGACUGGAUCGGUGAGAUUAGUCUGAUGAAGGAUCUGACGGCGACGAUGGAUAUUACCAUGCAGGAGGGCGAAGAGGGUGCCGAGGGUGCCGACGGCGAGUUCCCCGGUACUGAGGAGGCUACGAAGGAGAGCAUGAAGGCCUCUGGAGAAGCAGACAAGACUGGCGCCGCCCCCGCCGCCGGCGCAGCUGCUCCCCCGCCAACUAUUGUCGUCGAAGAUGAGAAGGAGGCUCACAAGGCACCCGAAUCUGCCGCUACCGGCACCGCCGACGCGCCCCCUCCAGCAUAUGCUGCCGCCGAGGCUAGAACACCUUCACCGAGCCCGUCCGGUACCUCUGGUACCGCAAAGCGCACUCAGAUCCCUCUCCGGCCUGCGCUUAUGGACAGACCCUCGGAAGAAGUCGCAGGCCAGCCCGAGUCGGAGGAGUCGCUGCGGAAGAAGGAGAAGAAGAAGGGCAGCUUGACCAAGGAGCAGCGCGAUCAGCUCGCCGCCUACGACAAGGAGCGCGCCCGCGUCCGCCAGGAGCGUGUCGACACCCUCGCCAGCAAGCUCCUCGACCGGAUAAGCGUAUGGACCGAGACCGACAAGGGCCCUGACGUCACCAAGUCUUUCCAAGAGAAGACUCGUCUCGAGAUGGAGAACAUGAAGAUGGAGUCUUUUGGUUUGGAUAUCCUCCACGCCAUCGGCCAGACGUACUUGGCCAAGGCCACCGGCUUGCUGAAGAGUCAGAAGUUCCUGGGCAUUGGCGGUUUCUUCAGCCGAGUCAAGGACAAGGGCACGAUCGUGAAGGAGACUUGGAACACCAUCAGCUCCGCCAUCGACGCACAGCAGACCAUCGAGGAGAUGGCGCGCAUGGAGGAGAAGGGCGGCGAGGAGUGGUCCGAGGAUCGCAAGGCUGAGUACGAGCGCCGCGUCACAGGCAAGAUCCUUACUGCCGCAUGGCGCGGCUCCAAGUUCGAGAUUCAGAGUGUGCUGCGUGAGGUGUGCGACUCUGUCCUGAACGACAAGAAGGUUCCCCUGGCCAAGAGACUUGAGCGCGCUGAGGCGCUGGUCAUCAUCGCUGAGAUCUUCUCCAAGGCCGCGAGAUCCCCAGAGGAGGAAGGGGACUACCUCGUCUUCGAGCAGCUCGUCGCCGAGGCAGCCAUCAAGAAGGAUAAAGAGUCCAAGAAGAAGGGCAAGAAGCAUCCGUCAGCGGAGGUUGCUGAGGAUGCGCCUAAUGUCCCCAAGCCCGAGAAUGCAUGA